AAUGAAGAGGGGUAUCUCACAAUUUUCAUCUCGGAAAUAUUUUUAUUUGAAGCCUUUUAGAAGCAAAAAAAAGCUCUAAUGUGAACUAUAAUUACCUCUAUAAACUUGUGCUGUGUUUGUAUCUGAAGAGGGGAACACUGUUUCACCCUUCUUCACAGUAAUAGUUUCUCCUCCCACCCCCCGACACGUGGAAAGUGGUAGAGUCCAGACAGGGCGGGAAGCUCCGAACUGUUUUGGUUGUCAGAGUGAAGUAACAGUUUAACGUUAAAAAAGCGUUUUAAAGUAAACAUUUAUUAAAUUAAAGUGAUAUUUUAACGGAGACAAACACGGAUGAUGGAGAAGGUGGGGGAGGAGAACAGUGAGGAGGUGAAGGUGCUGGAGGAGAACAGUGAGGAGGUGAAGGUGCUGGAGGAUCAGAUCCAGCAUCUCCAGGCUGAAGUUGAAGCUCUGCAGCACCAUCAGCAGGACAACCAGAAGGACAGGACGCUCCACUGUGGAGGACACUUACAGGAUGCCAUGUGGUAUCUGUGUGGACAGAAGAAGGGCGGAGGAGGGGCGGAGCAGGUGGUGUCCAGGCUGAAGGAGGAGGUGGAGGAGCUGGAGGAGGACCUGAAGCUGCAGACACAAAUAAACAGCAUCAGUGUGAAGAGCUGCAGCACCAAGACUCUACGGAGCAGCAGCAGAGAGCUGGUCCAGCAGCUCUGUAUCUCCGGUCGCUGCUCUGAACUGGUCUUCCACGUGGAGUUCCAGCUCUCUGAGCUCAAGGAGGGUGAAGAAGCUCAGAGGACCAUCAGUGAUCUGAACGUGGUGAUGGACACCAGCGACCUGGACUUGAACAGUUUCCUUUCUGGAGUGGAGGAGACCAGGGAUCUUCUGCUGCUCUUCAGGACUCUCAGGACUUUCUCAGACAGAUGUGACGACCGGCGCAGAACCUUCCAGCACUUCCAGGAGAAGUAUCCGUCUGUUGUUUCUCUUCCUGGAGGCUGCAGGUCAGAGGUCAUGACCCUGAACCACCCGGACCUUCCUGGCUGCGUGCUCUUCAUUCAUUGGUCGAUCGAGGUGUCUGGAGGGGGCGGAGUCUCUCCAAAGAUCGAGCUGCAGACGAAGAUUCCUGAUGAAGCGCUGCAGCUGUUCCCCUCCCAGCCUGUAGGCGGCGCUGCUGCAGCCUUCCAGAGCCUGCUGAGGAUUCUGGGAGCUGAAGCGGCGAUGGAGUCCGUCAUCAUGGCGGUCGGCCUUCUAACCAACGAUUAAACAAGACAAAAUCAUCUGUACAGGAACCGUUUAUACACUACAGGCCAAAAGUUUGGAAACAAGAUCAAAUUUGUACAAAAAAAGUUUAGUUUCAUUGUUAUACUUUGCAACAUACGGAAGCCCUGAACCGCAAGUGAAGAAAU